CGUCAGCGACUCGGAUCACGUGAACGGCCCGCCACGUGACCCAGGCGGUGUCUGGGGAAACGCGGGUGGUUGGGCUAGAUGGCGGCGCACCUUUCCUACGGGCGAGUGAACCUGAACGUGCUGCGCGAGGCGGUUCGUCGGGAGCUGCGCGAGUUUCUGGACAAGUGCGCUGGGAGCAAGGCGAUAGUGUGGGAUGAAUAUUUAACAGGACCGUUUGGACUGAUUGCACAGUACUCACUACUAAAGGAGCAUGAAGUGGAAAAAAUGUUCACCCUUAAAGGAAAUCGUUUGCCAGCAGCUGAUGUCAAGAAUAUCAUUUUUUUGGUCAGACCCAGGCUAGAAUUGAUGGAUAUAAUUGCUGAGAAUGUACUCAGUGAGGACAGGCGUGGUCCUACCAGGGAUUUCCAUAUUUUGUUUGUGCCCCGCCGGAGCCUGUUGUGUGAGCAGAGGCUGAAGGACCUGGGGGUUUUGGGAUCCUUUAUUCACCGAGAGGAAUACAGCUUAGAUCUUAUUCCAUUUGAUGGGGACCUCUUAUCCAUGGAGUCAGAGGGGGCCUUUAAAGAGUGCUACUUGGAAGGUGACCAGACAAGCCUGUACCACGCAGCCAAGGGGCUGAUGACCCUGCAGGCACUGUAUGGAACCAUCCCCCAGAUUUUUGGGAAAGGAGAAUGUGCUCGGCAAGUGGCCAAUAUGAUGGUCAGGAUGAAGAGGGAGUUCACAGGAAGCCAGAACUCAGUGUUCCCUGUGUUUGAUAACCUCUUGCUGCUUGAUCGCAACGUGGAUCUCCUAACGCCGCUUGCCUCCCAGCUCACGUACGAAGGCCUCAUCGAUGAGAUUUAUGGCAUUCAGAACAGUUAUGUGAAGUUACCUCCAGAGAAGUUUGCACCCAAGAAGCAGGGCGGUGGUGGUGGGAAAGACCUUCCCACAGAGGCUAAGAAGCUCCAGCUCAACUCUGCAGAGGAGCUCUAUGCCGAGAUCCGAGACAAGAACUUCAACGCGGUGGGCUCUGUGCUCAGCAAGAAGGCGAAGAUCAUCUCCGCAGCCUUUGAGGAGCGACACAACGCUAAGACGGUUGGGGAGAUCAAGCAGUUUGUGUCCCAGCUACCCCACAUGCAGGCAGCCAGAGGAUCACUCGCCAACCACACCUCAAUUGCAGAGUUAAUCAAAGAUGUCACCACCUCUGAAGACUUCUUUGAUAAGUUGACAGUGGAGCAGGAGUUCAUGUCUGGGAUAGACACUGAUAAGGUCAACAAUUACAUCGAGGACUGUAUUGCCCAAAAGCAUCCGCUCAUCAAGGUGCUGAGAUUGGUGUGCCUCCAGUCUGUGUGCAAUAGUGGGCUCAAGCAAAAGGUUCUGGACUACUACAAAAGGGAAAUCCUCCAGACCUACGGCUAUGAGCACAUACUGACCUUGAACAACCUGGAGAAGGCUGGCCUGCUAAAGGCUCAGACGGGGGGCAGAAACAAUUACCCAACAAUCCGGAAAACACUGCGCCUCUGGAUGGACGACGUCAAUGAACAAAACCCCACAGACAUAUCCUAUGUGUACAGCGGUUACGCUCCACUCAGCGUGCGACUCGCUCAGCUCCUUUCCCGGCCGGGCUGGCGGAGCAUCGAGGAGGUUCUCCGCAUUCUUCCAGGGCCCCACUUCGAAGAAAGGCAGCCACUGCCUACUGGGCUGCAGAAGAAACGCCAGCCAGGAGAAAACAGAGUCACACUGGUAUUUUUCCUUGGAGGUGUCACCUUUGCUGAAAUAGCUGCCCUGCGCUUUCUGUCCCAGCUGGAAGAUGGAGGCACAGAGUAUGUAAUUGCAACCACUAAACUGAUGAAUGGAAACAGCUGGAUAGAAGCUCUCAUGGAAAAGCCUUUCUAGAGUAAAUAUCAGAGGAGAUAUGACAAGUCGACACACAAUGAGCUGCGGAUGUAAAGCCAGGAGCAGGAGGACGGAAGCUAUGGGCUCGUGUUCCUUCCUGCUCCUCUCUGUGCUCUAUAGCCUGAAGAAGGGAAGAUCAACCUGGAUAAAGAGAUGAUGAGCUGGGCAUGGUGGCUCAUGCCUAUAAUUUCUCUAUUUAAGAGACAGAGGCAGGAGGAUUGCUGCAAGUUUGAGGACAACCUGGGCUACAUAGUUCCAGGCAAAAGCCCUCCCUUCCAAAAAUAAAGGAGAUCCUGUUUUGGAAUUUUUAAGCUUCAAGUCUUCAUUUUCUGGAAAUGGUUAAGACUAUGGGGAUGAUAGUGCCAGCAGCCACGUGACUGUGCACAGGCAUUAAAAAGCAGAGCUGAAGGGAUGAAUAUGAAAAUAGAAGCAGAAUUCUGACUACUGAUCCACAGUGGCAUAUUCUAGAAGACAUCCCAUGCCCAGGACAGUGGUUUUGUGUUGAAUAUGAAGCCAGCAUUGUCCAGUGUGUGUGUACUUUCCUGCAGCGCAUAUUUGUGUCUCCAGUCUCUACCAAUUUGACUCAUAAGGCAAGAUUUGUUUCCUUCUGAAAAACUGAGAAGCUUAAAGGGGCUUCUCAACAUAAUGAAGUUUCUGCUUUCUGCGUUAGCCGUGUCUCUACCGAGAAGGGACUGGAAAGAGUGAGCUGAGCGCCAGGUAGCCUCUGCCAGCUAACCGUCCGAAGGCACUUCUGAGUGUGCAUGUUGGUAACUCCCAAGACUCACCAGUAUAGGCACUCCUUCUGGGACUUCUGUUUUUCUUCCAUGUCCUCUGUGGGUAAUGUUUCUGUUCCUUCAGUAUUAAGCAAUUCUGUCUCUGUGGUAACUGCCACACGCACCUCUCUAGCCCUCUGGCUGUACUCAACUCCACACAUCCCCUUUGCCUGAAAAUACUCAGCUGGUGAGUCCCUGGUCUGGUGACAGAGCACACUGUAGUCAGUGUCAGUCACAAAGUGACCAGUACCACCAGUGCUGCAGGGGGUGAAGCACGGCCGGGAGCAGGAGCAGGCAUGUUGGUGAUGGCACCUGCCUCCGGAUCUUCUCAGCAUCUGAAGGAGUUAAGAACACCAAGUUGGGGACCACGUUUAUGGCUUUUCUGUCAUCACCCAAGACUCUAGAAAAGCUAGCUGUCUCAGCCAGACCUGGUCCUGGCCCAGGUGAAGUUUCUAUGGUUAAUAGUUUUCCUUUUGCUUUUUUCAUGUAGAAUCAGGAACAAUACACUGCACAUUAUAAGUGAACAGAAUUGUGUAUUUAAAGGAAAAAAACUUAGGUAUGAAGGAUGGCAAAGAUGAUGUUUGUUUCUCGUGGAGUUAAUUCAGCCUUGAUAUCCGGUAUUUGGAGUGGCAGGCAGUGUGGGAGGCAUUCCCAAAUGGGAAGUUAUUACUGGCUUAGAAAACUCUUUUUCCGAUUCUUGUUACUCCAGGGAGACUAGUUUUACCUUUGAGCCCCAGCAAUGGCUAGUUUCAACUGUCAGGGACUGCAAUCCACCUUGUCCUCAGUCUUCCCACUCUCGGGACUCAGGGCAAGUCUGUCCCAGUCUCCUUGGCUUGGGUGUUUGUUCAGUGAACAGAUACUCAGUUGUAAUCUCGUGUGUCUUCAUUUGUUUCUGAGUCUAUAUUUGCUUUCUCAGAGCAUAGCAAGGCCAGCUCCUAAAAAUGCACCCAGCAGAAGACCUUUUUGAAAACCACACACUUGCUUCCUCUGUAUUCAGACACAAAGUGGUGGUAUCAUAUAUUAUGCCCUGUGAUAGAAGUCCCCAUAGGACUCAAAGCUGCCUUUGUCUCUUAGGAGUGUGCUCUGAGAAAGGAUGUGGGAACAGAAGGCUUAUUCUUAGACAGGGUGGAUUGUUUACACCAUGUCUGGACUUGUCCUGAGUUUGAGGACCAUUCUGCUGCACUGGCUGUCCCGAUUAAAGACGUCUAGGUAGAUGCUA